AUGAUGUUCCUAUGGAAACGAUUGAAGUGUGUGCUGAGAAGAAAAAACAAGCUGAAAAAGUAUAUCUCCCGAUCGAACAUGGUUACACCGGAACUGCUAGAUGACAAGAUAAAAAACUACGAAAAAUACGGAAGGCUAGGAAAAGGGGCCUUUGGAAAAGUUUGGAAAGCUAAGCGACGGGGAUCUGACGAAAAAUGGUAUGCUAUGAAGGUAAUCAAACCUAAAACUUCUCACCAGAAGCAACUAGCACUACGAGAGAUUUAUGUUAUGAACGGAUUAAGGCAUCCUUCAAUCGUGCUAUUGGACUAUGGAUUUAAAGACAAGAGAAAAAUUGUACUAUUACUCGAAUAUUGUGAUAUGGGUACUUUGAAACAAUUGCUGGAGGAACGUGGAAAACUUGAGAAUCACCUAACAGCAAAGAUCUUCACUGAUACAUGUUGUGGUUUGAUGUAUCUACAUAACAAAAAAAUUAUUCAUUGUGAUAUAAAACCUGACAACAUUUUACUCACAGCCGAAGGAAUUGCAAAGAUAACUGAUUUUGGUGUUGCUUUGGGACCUGGUCAGAAACAUAGACGAUGUUUUUACGGCUCUGAUGCUUACGCUGCUCCAGAGACAUAUUUGCAGAAUACAUACACUACACAAUCCGAUGUUUGGUCAGUUGGCAUCGUACUUUAUGAAAUGAUUACUGGCUAUCGUCCGUUCAAUAACGCCAAAGAGGUGGUAUCAAGAGAAAUUAAGGUGCCUGAGCAGACACCGUACGGAGCUCUCUUUUUGGUUCGCAAACUUCUACAAAGGAUACCGUCCGAGAGGCUACCUCUUGAGCAAGCCAUAAGUGGGUGGAUCUUGAUACAGCUUCGAAAGCAGAUAAAGCAUAAUACGCUGACAUAUAGGAAUAUCAGUAAAUCAGCCGAUCUUUGCACAGUUUCACGAAAAAAGGCACUUAAAAAUACUAGAAAUCGACUUUAUGGCUUUCGUCGAUCCAUAUUAGCGGUUUGUCAGUGGUGCAGAAAUUGA